AUGCGUUUAGCGUAUUAUGGAUUAGUUUUAUACAAAGAUCGAUGGGAAAAAGUCGUUUUUAAACAAUACAAAUGUUUGGAUAAUUGUGUUAAUAUCAAAGAUAAAUAUUUAGAAUUAUUAGAUUGUCAAACAAUUGCUGAUUAUCUUGCACAAGAAUUUAAUAAAAUCUCGUUUUUACUUAAUGUUACUCUUAUUGUCAAGAAAAUUAAAUUUGUUACGACUAUUUUAGUUUUUGAUCCACCAAACGAAGGAAAAUAUCAUUUUUUCACUAUGGAACGUUUUAUCGAUGGAUCUUAUAAGAAAUUCUCAAAUAAUGUUGGAUAUGUCAAUUAUGAUGAUCCAGCUGUGACUCUCCAGGCAUUUUCACAUUGGACUUAUGAACGAACAAAUGGAAAUAUGAUUGUUGUCGAUCUUCAAGGAAUUGAUAUUGGAGAUAAUCAAACUUAUUUGUUGACAGAUCCUUGUAUUCAUUCAACGGAUUUAACAAGAUUUGGAAGAACUAAUUUGGGAAAACAAGGAAUUAAAAGGUUCUUUCAAACACAUAUCUGUAAUUCCAUCUGUCAAGCUUUGAAAUUGAAAAGACAUAAAGAUCAACCGGAUAUAUAA